CAUAACAAUGCCCCUUGCACAAAGCAAGGUCCAUACAGAAAUGGUUUUUCGAGAUUGGUGUGGAGAACUAGACUUUCCUUCACAGAGCCCUGACCUCAGCCCCAUUGAACACUUCUGGGUUGAAUUGGAACAUCGAUUGCAAGCCAGGUAAAAUCGCCCAACCUUAUUAAUGCUCUUAUGGCUUAUGGAAGCAAGUCCCCGCAGAAAUGUUCCAACAUCUAGUGGAAAGCCUUCCCAGAAGAGUGGAGGCUUUUCUAGCAGCAAAGGCGGGACCAACUCCAUUUUAAUGCCCAUGAGAUGUUCGACGAGCAGGUGUCCACAUACUUGUGGGCAUGUAGUGUAUUUAAUCAUGGCUGCAGCUGAAUGAAUGUACGAGUGUUCAGAAACAUCUAACGAAAUUAAUUAGGCUACAAUAUGUUGAAAUAUUAAGAGGUAAAGAAAAUAACGUUAUCCGUGCAAUGUUAUCCAUUAUGACGUUUGCAGAUAUUUUUCGAACCAGCAAGAUUAGGACACCAGGAAAUAAAAUAUCACAUUACGAGAUUCGCUUAUGCAAACAGUCUGUUCUUUGCCCGCGUGGUCAGACAUAGGUCUGUCCCCACCGCGAGAGCAAAAAGAUGGCUAAUACUGUGGAUGAGGACGAGCAACAACCAUUCCCUGCUGAAUGUAAGAUCAUCACAGUUACUGUGAAAACACCAAAGGAAAAAGAGGAAAUCGCCAUUCCAGAGAACAGCUCCAUCAAACAGUUUAAGGAGCAGAUAGCCCAGCGGUUCCAGGCACAAACAGAGCAGUUGGUACUCAUCUUCGCUGGGAAGAUCCUCAAAGAUGCAGAUCUGCUGAGUCAUCAAGGCAUCUACAACGGACUGACCAUCCACCUGGUCAUCAAGACCCAGAGCAGGCCUCCGGAGUUGUGUACCUCUCCUUCCAACAGCACUGCCUCAGAACAGGCCCAACCAGAAGGCCCUACCUCUGUCCCUGGACCCCCUCCUGUAGAACCUACCUCUGUCCCUCGACCCUCUCCUGCUUCUUCAGCCACCCCUACCUUCAGCCUUGGUCUAGGCAGUCCAGGGACAGCUGCUGCGGGGCCUGGUCUCGCUGAGCUGCAGAGGCAGCUGAUGUCCAACCCUGAGCUGCUGGCCCAGAUUAUGGACAGUCCCUUGGUCCAGGGCAUGCUGUCCAACCCAGACAUGAUGAGACAGCUCAUCAUGGCCAACCCCCAGAUGCAGCUGCUGCUGCAGCACAACCCCAACAUCACCCACCUGUUCAACAACCCUGAUGUCAUGAGACAGACCCUGGAGAUAGCACGGAACCCGACCAUGAUGCAGGAGAUGUUGCGCAACCAGGACAGGGCACUAAGCAACAAUGCCCUCCACAGGAUGUCCACUGAUGCUCAGGGACCCAUGCUGAAUGCUGCUGCUCAGGAACCGAUUGCAGGAAACCCUUCUGCUUCUCUGACGACCUCGUCACCAGGGGAAAUCCAGUCCCCCCGGGUGGAAAAUGGAGACCCCCUCGCCAACCCCUGGGUUCCCCCUGCUUCCACAGACACCCCUAUAGGCACCGCCACACCCACCACUACCCCCACCCUGUCCAGCAAUGGCCCUCAGACCAGCCUGCACAACCUAGGUCCCGCCAUGGGAGCAGCUAUGUUCAAUAGUCUGGGAAUGCAGAGUCUUCUGCAGCAGAUCACGGAGAACCCCACACUGAUGCACAACAUGCUGUCAGCCCCCUACAUGAGGAGCCUACUCAACAGCCUGAGCCAGAACCCUGACCUAGCAGCACAGAUGAUGCUGAACAACCCACUGUUUUCUGGGAACCCUCAACUGCAGCAGCAAAUGAGACAACAACUCCCAAUGUUCCUCCAACAGAUGCAGAACCCUGAGAUGCUGUCGGCCAUGUCCAACCCCAGGGCCAUGCAGGCACUGCUGCAGAUCCAACAGGGACUGCAGACCCUUGCCACUGAGGCACCUGGAUUCAUACCAGGGGUUGGACUGGGAGGCGCCGGCUCAGAUCUUAACCCUGCCCCUGGAUUGUCAUCAGACCCCGCCCCUAGUGAUCUCAGCAGUGGGUCCCAGGUAGUCACGGAAACGGGUCAGCGGCAACAACAACAGUUUGUGCGUCAGAUGCUAGACGCUCUCGCUAGCACCAAUCAGCAGGCUCAGACUGAAGAGCUGCUGUUCCAGGAGCAGGUGGAGCAGCUGACGACCAUGGGUUUCCUCAACCCAGAGGCCAACCUGCAGGCCCUCAUCGCUACCGGGGGAGACGUCAACGCCGCUGUAGAACGACUGCUGGACUCUCCAUCCUUGUAAUACACACACACUUCACAUGAGCACAUACAAUUAACAAAUUCAUGUGCGCACACUCACUUGUACAAUCAUGCAGUUGUACGAUCAGAUGCUUGCACAUUCUUCACUCACAGAGAACUAGUGAAACAUGCACUCCUGAAUGCCAUUUAUAUUGUAUAUGUAAGCUGCUGAACUGUGAAGUGCAGGCCUGUCUGUGCUGUAUGUUCUGAAUGGCCUUAGUUGGUUCAGGCUCUAAUCUGGAUCAUGCUGGCUUCUGCCACAUUCCUUUAUGCAGAGUCCCAUCCUACCUAAGAGUCCCAUCCUACCUAAGAGUCCCAUCCUACCUAAGAGUCCCAUCCUACCUAAGAGUCCCAUCCUACCUAAGAGUCCCAUCCUACCUAAGAGUCCCAUCCUACCUAAGAGUCCCAUCCAAGACUCUUAAGAGUGAAUAUGCUGCUAGUCUCGCAUCAAGAUGUAUUUCCCUGCUGCUACCAAGGCCUUAAACUCAAAUCAGGAAAAUAACCCAAGGGUUCCCUACUGGUGACCCUUGAGAGCAUGUGUAUAGCAGUCUUAGUUGUGUGUGUGUGUGUAUAUAUGUGUAAUGUGAACAGACUGCAUUCACAAUGCACUAAAUGCUAUGUGUUCUUUUUGCCACUUCAUUGUGGUAUAGACUAGGGGAGGCCAGUUUUGCCACUUCAUUGUGGUAUAGACUAGGGGAGGCCAGUUUUGCCACUUCAUUGUGGUAUAGACUAGGGGAGGCCAGUUUUGCCACUUCAUUGUGGUAUAGACUAGGGGAGGCCAGUUUUGCCACUUCAUUGUGGUAUAGACUAGGGGAGGCCAGUUUUACCCCUUCAUUGUGGUAUAGACUAGGGGAGGCCAGUUUUACCCCUUCAUUGUGGUAUAGACUAGGGGAGGCCAGUUUUACCCCUUCAUUGUGGUAUAGACUAGGGGAGGCCAGUUUUGCCACUUCAUUGUCGUAUAGACUAGGGGAGGCCAGUUUUGCCACUUCGUUGUGGUAUAGACUAGGGGAGGCCAGUUUUGCCCCUUCGUUGUGGUAUAGACUAGGGGAGGCCAGUUUUACCCCUUCGUUGUGGUAUAGACUAGGGGAGGCCAGAGGGAGGUGCUCAUUUUGGAAGUGGGCUGCUCAAUUGACUGUUACAUGGAGCCGGCCUUUGCUGACAAGUUUCUUCAAUAGCAGCCCCUCGUAUCACGCUGCAGUAUCACGCUGCAGUAUCACGCUUGCACAGCCUUGGAUAUGAGUGCAAGCUUGUAGCACUGAUAUUGAUGUAGCAGUGAUGUCCAAUCAAGAAUAAGUGUGCCUGUGGCUUUAGAUUUAUUCCCAUUUGAUAAUACAAUGACUCACUAUGUAGCUCUAUUUACCUCUAUGUAGCUCUGUGCAUUUUAUUAACUCUUACAAAAUGUACUUUUGACUUGCGUGUUAUUUCGUGGUUAUUAUAGGCUAUGUUGUUUUAUUGUCUAAUGUUCAAACCCUCAUAGUAUGUUCUUUUAUGCUCCUACGGUUAGGCUUAUAUAUGUGUUUUUCUUUCUAAACCCCAUGUUUCAUAUUUUUCAUGUCUUUAAUGUAUUCAUUGUACAAUUUAAAUGUAUUAAUUGUACUGCACCACUGAAACUGGCUAGUGUAACAAAAACCAUGUGCUCUGUCCACCACUGGAGGGCACUGUUGGCUCAACUAUUCUGCCUCCUUGAGAGAAAAUAUACAAUUCAGGAGCCAUUGAAGUACUGUACAUGCAAAAAACGGGAGCAGGAAUGGAAUCUUAAUGAUAUUCCUGAAUGGAUAGAGUAGAAUCUUUUAGAGUGCUCAGCAAAGCAAUUACUGAAGUCACUUUCUUAGCACAUUGCCAGUAUGGUGAUGAUACCAACUGCCUUGGAAAAUUGUAGCCUUCAUCUUUUUGAUUUCAGCAUUUAAUUUGUAUUCAUUCUCCUGUGUGCUGGUUAAUAAAGUGAAAUGGAAAAAAACAA